AUGUCUAAUGAUUUUUUAAAUUAUCGUACAAAUACGAUGAAUAUUAAUAGUGAAUUAAUGGAUGCAGUUGAAUGUAUUCAUUUUUAUGAUAAAGCACUACUAUCAUUAGAUUUAUUUAAAUUGAUUCAACAAAUGUUUGGAAAUAUGGAUGAAUUAAGAUUCUCGAUUCCUUUGAAUAUAGAUAGUAAUAUGUUGUAUGACAAGAAUAUAAAAUUAGAUACAACUGAAUCAUUACUGUUAUUAUUUUUUCAUGAAGAUUAUGAUAUCAAGUACCCUGUUAUAAAACGUAUUUUUCAAUUAACACCAUAUAUAAAAGAAUUAGAAAUAUCAUUUUAUUUAUUAUUUCAAAUUAAAUAUCACUUACAUGACGAUCGACAUUUAUAUGUAAUAUGUCAACAAAUAAGAAAUUUAAUAAUUUGCAAUUAUCGUGAUAGUCGAGAAUAUAGUCAAGAUUUGGAUAAUCCAUUUGACGCUGAAAUACAAGCCAUAUUUAUAAAUACAAAACUUUCUUUCUAUGAAUAA